AUGGAAAAUAACCAUAGACCCUUAAUUUUUAUUUUUUCUGGUCAAGUUGUAAAUUGGGAAAGAAUUGCAGAAGAGUUGUAUAAUAAAGAACCAGUUUUUAAAAAAUGGGUUCAUAGAAUAGACUCAUUAAUGCAUGAAUUUUAUAACUAUUCAGUAUUAGAAAAAGUAAAAAAUAUGCCACUUGAUGAAAGAAAUAAAAAUACAGACAUUUUAAUAAAUCAUUCAUUUUUAAUGAUGUAUCAAAUUUCACUAUUUAAACUAUAUAAACACUAUGGUGUUCAUCCUAAUAUAUUAAUGAGCCACAGCAUAGGCGAAUUUUCAGCAGCAUAUUGCUCUGGUAUGAUUGAUUUAAGAACUGCAGUUAAAAUUCAAUACAACAGAAAUUUAAUUUUAAAAAAUGAAGGUGGAACUUUAUUGUCAGUAAAUAUGUCAGAGGAAGAUUAUAAAACUAAAUUUUCUAAAGACUACCCAAACUUUGAAAUUGCAUGUAUUAACACACAUAAAAAUAUUGUACUUGGAGGAUGGAAAACUGAACUAGAGCAAUUUUCAGAAAUAUUAUCAAAGAAAUUUAAUAUUUUUAAUGUUUUUUUUGGGUCAGUAGUAUCUGUUCAUACUAAGUAUGUUGAAAGAUUUGCCGGGUCAAUGCAUUCAUAUAAAUUAAAGAAUAAACAACCUAAAAUCCCAAUUAUUUCAUGUCAUACCGGCCAACUAUUCAAAGAUUCAUUUUUAUUUGAUGAAAAAUAUAAUUAUUUUUCAUUUGUUAACCCAGUAAACUUUAAUUUAGGUAUGAUCAACGUUUUAAAGUAUUUAGAAGAUAAUAAAUUAGGUGACUCCCCAAUAACUGUUGAAAUUACACCUCAAGUUAUGAUGGUCCACAGUUUAAAGGAAAUUUAUAACAAUUUACCCCCAUCUUAUUUUAAAAAAGAGGAAAUGAUAAAAAAUAUUUUUACUUUUACAAAAAUGAACCAAUUUAAACAAUUUUAUUCAUCUUUAAAAAAAAUAUAUUAUUUACAAUAUAAUAUUCAAGAUAAUAAUACAACAACAACAACUAAUGAAAAAAACUUAGAUGAUAAAAACCCAAAUUCAUUAAUUGAAAAAAAUAUUUUAAAUUUUAUUUCAAAACAAUUCGAAAUCAACCCCAAAAAUUUAGAAAUUACAUUGGGAGAAUUAGGUGCAGACUCAUUAUUUUUAGUGGGAUUAAGAAGAUAUAUUGAUGAAGAGUACACAGAUAAUAUAUUUACAAUUUCGCAAUUAAGAGAGUUUAAAAUUCAAGAUAUAAUAAUCACAAUUAUUAAUGAAAUUAAAAACCCAACUAAAAGUACUAAAUAUGAUAUUGAAUUUUGGGAAAAUGAAAUUAUACUUGACCCAAAUAUAACCCCCAAAUAUAACAAAAUCAAUAACUAUAAUUUAAAUGGUUCAUCGGUUCAAGAUGCAUAUGAUUCAUUAAUCAAUGGGCUUAAAACCCAUGAACUCUUUGGGCUUUUAAAUAAAAUGGAACUUAGCAAAAUAGAACCAGUUUUGGGUGAUCUUUUAAAACCUCAAUUCAAUCUAUCCAAUCAACAGUAUGAUUAUUUAAGUAACUCUAUAGACAUAAUUGUUAACUCUGCUGCCAAUGUAGAUUUAAAUUCCAAUUAUGUUGAAAAUAAAGAAGCCAAUGUUAAUGGGGUUUUAGAAAUUAUUAAAUUUGCAUUUUUAAAUAAUUUAAAAAAACUUAUGACAUUUUCAACUGUUGCAAUUUAUUUAAAUAAUGAAUUCGACACCAAUGGUUUCAACGAUAACCGAUUGGUAACUUUAGAUAAAUUAAACAAUAUUCCAGGAUAUGCUCAAUCUAAAGUAGUGGGAGAAUAUUUAUUAAGAGAAGCUGCAAACCGUGGUCUUGAUAUAAUCAAUAUUAGACCACCUUUUAUUUAUGCCAAUCCUAAUAAUGGAGUUGGAAAUGAUAAUGAUUUGCUUCAACUAUUUAUCCAAUGCUCAUAUGCAGUCAUGGCAUACCCCAAUCUCAGUAGUGAUUUCAAAGUGUUUCAAGUACCCAUUACAUGGUUAUCUGCUAAUAUAGUUCAAAACUUUACCUUUAAUUUAUCAUUAUGGAACAACAACUUAAAGUUUAAAUCAUACAAUUUAUUUGGAUCACACGAACCUAUUGAAAAGUUCUUUGGCUAUUUAGAAGAAAAGUAUCCUUUAAAAAUGAUUGAAUAUGAUGAAUGGGUUAAAAAAAUUUCAGAAUCUAAAGAAAUGUGUUGUAUUCGUUUGAAAACUUUCCACAAUCUAAAUUUUGCUAAAAAUUUAUAUUUCUCCAAUACAAUCAAAAUGACUGAUGAAACAAUAGGCUUGAUUACUAAAGAUUGGGAAGUUACAAAACAAAUGGUUUAUAAAAAUAUUAACCACAUUUUUAAAUUAAACAUUUCAAAAUCAAAACUUUAA